AAAUAUAUGAGAGAAGCCCAAUAGCUGUGUCUGUGUGUGUAUAUAUAGCGCACAAGCGGAGCAGAGAUCUAUUCUGAUAAGGAGAAGUAAGUGCAGCAUUUGUUUCUCUCACAGCAAUCUUUCCUACACUGUAUCUCUCAAAAUCAAGCUUUUCGAGAAUGGGAAGCACCGGUGGGACUAACUAUGGAGCAUACACCUACGAGAACCUCGAGAGGGAGCCCUACUGGCCUUCAGAAAAGCUCCGGAUUUCCAUAACAGGAGCUGGUGGGUUCAUUGCUUCACAUAUUGCCAGGCGUCUGAAGAACGAGGGUCAUUACAUCAUUGCUUCUGACUGGAAGAAAAACGAGCACAUGACUGAGGACAUGUUCUGCCAUGAAUUCCAUCUUGUUGAUCUCAGGGUGAUGGAUAACUGUCUGAAAGUUACCAAAGGAGUUGAUCAUGUGUUCAAUCUUGCUGCCGACAUGGGAGGGAUGGGCUUUAUUCAGUCCAAUCACUCUGUCAUCAUGUACAACAAUACAAUGAUCAGCUUUAACAUGAUUGAGGCUGCAAGGAUUAAUGGAGUUAAGAGGUUCUUCUAUGCGUCCAGUGCAUGUAUCUAUCCUGAAUUUAAGCAGUUGGACACUAAUGUGAGCUUGAAAGAAUCUGAUGCCUGGCCGGCCGAGCCUCAAGAUGCUUAUGGGCUAGAGAAGCUGGCGACGGAGGAAUUAUGCAAACACUACAACAAGGACUUUGGAAUUGAGUGCCGAAUUGGGAGGUUCCAUAAUAUCUACGGUCCAUUUGGGACAUGGAAAGGUGGGAGGGAGAAAGCGCCAGCUGCCUUUUGCAGGAAAGCUAUUACUUCUACUGAUAAAUUUGAAAUGUGGGGAGAUGGCUUACAAACACGAUCUUUUACCUUCAUUGAUGAAUGCGUUGAGGGUGUUCUAAGAUUAACCAAGUCUGACUUCCGAGAGCCUGUAAAUAUUGGAAGUGACGAGAUGGUCAGCAUGAACGAGAUGGCUGAGAUUGUCCUGAGCUUUGAGAACAAGAACCUUCCCAUCCAUCACAUUCCGGGACCAGAGGGUGUGCGUGGUCGAAACUCAGACAACACCCUAAUUAAGGAAAAGCUUGGUUGGGCACCUACUAUGAAACUCAAGGACGGACUGAGAAUCACAUAUUUCUGGAUAAAAGAACAACUCGAGAAGGAGAAAUCUCAGGGCAUCGACUUGACCACCUACGGGUCAUCAAAAGUUGUGGGAACACAAGCCCCAGUUCAGCUUGGUUCUCUUCGUGCCGCUGACGGCAAAGAGUGAAGUAGUUCAAGAAAAUCUCUUGUAUGCAUGCCAGCAACAUUUUAUAUAUCACUUGCCGCCAUAUAUUGAUAGAGUGGAAAAACCCCGUUUUUCGGGCUUUAUUUCGAAGCCACAUAUUUCAGUAUGUUUUAUUUAGCAGUCGCUGAUGCUUCAUUGGUUGUUCUUGAAUCUCCUAAUUAAUCUUAUAGCACUUAUAAGGCAUCCUUUGUUUGUACAAUUAUUUGAAGGGUUGAGGCCAUAUGUGCAGGUCAAUUUCAUGGAUGAUUGUAUCA